AUUGUCUGCAAUCCCAAAACGCCUGCGUAUCAGAACCCCACACGGCCCACAUGCUCCCAACCAGGGGUGCAGCGGAGACAAAAAAAAGCCCAUCGUAAAACCUCAAUCCACACUCUAUUUUCAAGCACCCCUCAUGGAAUCCUCGAUCCGCGCGCAGCUAAGCGCAAUAGUGGCGAGCAGCAAGCACGGGUCCGUGAAAGAGCAGCAUCUGCAGGCCGCAGCCCAGCAGCUACGCAAUACACACCUGGCACUGGCGCUCCACCGCACGCCGCCAGCAGCCCUGGCCUCGGCGGUACUAGUGACAUGCAAAGUACGCACAGACCCAGCGCAGCUCGAAAUAACCAUCCACAACCACACUUUCGGCCACGGGACCGCCGGCAUGCGCGCAACUACCAGCACUGCUCAGCCCGAUUUGCCCGAGUCCUCAACCUUCACUUUUGCCAUGCACGGCGUAGAUCUGCUGGGCGAGUACGCGGUCGAACUGGCGCUUGUGUUCGAUCCGCCAUAUGCGCUGCCAAAGUUUGCUGCUCGGCCGGUGGUGGCGAUGACGCAGACGCUUUAUAUUGACGCCCUGGACAGCAUUUGCCCGGCGCCAGGGGGCGAUACCGGAGAGUUUUCGUGUAAUACGGAUGCGGACCGGCUGCUGCUGGCACUGCUGGUCGGCAAUGUGUCCAGGCAGCUGGAGUGCGUGGUUGCGCGGGGCAUGGCGGAGUUUGUGCUGCCCAUUGACCGACCCAGGCCGGUGACGCUGGUGUGCAUGUGGGAGCACGACCACAUGUGCGUGCGGAUCCGAAGCGCCUGCAAGAUUGCCUACGCAGUCACCAUAGGCACCAUUGCCCGGCGGCUCAUGGCGCUGGGCAGCAGCUCCGACGGCCUGCAGAUGCUGGCCGACAAGUACUCGGGCCCGGUGCUCAGUGCUGGCGACUGGCAGAUACGCCAUUAG